AUGGCUGGCGAUGCGGAGCAUAAGAGGGGCUAUCGCACCAUAUUUCGCAGCAUCUCACAGGUGUUCUAUGCCAAUGCCAAAAGUACAAACAAUCCAAGCCAUAAUGUGAACAUCAGCAAUACAAUAAAUAAUAAUAACAACAACAACAAUAAUGGCAGCCAAUGCCAAUUAUCGUCAUCAUCAUCAUCAUCAUCAGCGCCAGCAUCGGCAACAUCAUCAUCGGCAACAUUUGAUAUACCAGCAACAUCACAAAUAUCAACAACACCAACAACAACAACAACACCUGUGCAAUUGGAUAAUAUAAAUAAUUUAAAAAAUACUGGAAUAACGGUAACAUUAAUAUCAGUCACAAAACCAAAUGCAACACCAACAAUUGUCACAACAACACCAACAUCAAAGGAUCUUACACCAUCUCCAUCUCUUUCCAUCUCUUCGGCGGAUGUUGAGAGUAAAAAUGUUGCCAAACUUCGUGCCAGCUCAAUGCAGAAUCUGAGCCUCGGCAUGGCACUUCAUAAUGGCCAAACUAAUCUAAGGAACAAUGUUAAAGCUCCCUACUGA